UACAGCCCACGUUCCGGUGAAUACAUUGAUUCGCACUACUUGCAAAGGUUUCCAGUGAUAGCAAUUCGGCAACCCUUACCCUUGUACUUUCACGAACGGAACGCAACAGCCACCAUUUCAAUGGCCGAUCUUGGAAAGGCGCAGAACGAUGUUCAGGAUAGCAACUUCUCCAUUUCAUGGGCAGGUGCCCUCCCACAGGCACAGGGACUCUAUGAUCCUGCAUUCGAGAAGGAUUCGUGUGGUGUAGGCUUCGUUUGUCACAUCAAAGGACAGCCUUCUCACGAAAUUGUUGCGGAUGCGAGAAACCUCCUUUGCAACAUGACCCAUCGCGGCGCUGUUGGGGCUGAUACGCGCGAUGGAGAUGGAGCUGGUGUCAUGUGCGGCAUCCCCCAUCGUCUCUUCGCUACCGACGUGAAACGGAACUUCGGAAUCGUCCUGCCGCCUCCCGGCCAGUACGCGGUUGGAAACAUCUACUUUAAGCCGGACGAAACCGUUAUCAGAGAGAGCCAGGAAAAGUUUGAAGACAUCGCUCGCUCCUUGGGACUGUUUGUUCUUUGCUGGAGACCUGUCCCGCGCGACAACAGCAUUCUCGGUCCGUCCUCCAAGAGCAAGGAGCCCGCAAUCUACCAACCCUUCAUUACUGUUCAACGCGGCGCAGGCGCUAUGUACAAUACCCCCAUCAACUACAACAAUGUUGCCAUGAACAAUAUCAACAACACAUCCGCCGAUUUCGAUGAGAUGCAAUUCGAAAGGCAGCUCUACCUUCUUCGAAAGCAGUCUACCCACGCCCUCACUCUCAUCAGAUGGUUCUACAUCUGCUCCUUGUCCAGCCGUCACAUGGUAUAUAAGGGUCUUCUCUCGCCCGUCCAAGUCUACCCGUACUUUGCGGACCUCACCAAUCCCGACUUUGCAUCUCACUUCUGCCUUGUGCACUCGCGCUUCUCCACCAACACCUUCCCUUCCUGGGAUCGAGCCCAGCCCAUGCGAUGGUGCGCGCACAACGGCGAAAUCAACACUCUGCGAGGCAACAAAAACUGGCAGAGGGCUAGAGAAGGUGUCAUGCGCAGCGAAGCGUUCAAGGACCACCUCGAUACCUUGCUCCCCAUCAUCGAAGAAGGCGGUUCCGACUCUGCUGCGUUUGACAAUGUUCUCGAGCUAUUGAUCAUGAACGGCGCCGUUUCCCUCCCCGAAGCUGUCAUGAUGAUGAUUCCCGAAGCGUGGGAGAAUCAGCCUCACAUGGAGCCUGAAAAGCGUGCCUUCUACGAAUGGGCUGCCUGCCUGAUGGAACCGUGGGACGGUCCGGCCUUGUUCACGUUCUCUGACGGCAGGUACGUCGGAGCGUCGUUGGAUCGUAACGGCUUGCGACCCUGUCGUUUCUACAUCACCGACAAGGACAUUAUGAUUUGCGCUUCCGAGGUUGGAACCAUCGCCGUUGAUACCGCAAGUAUCACCACCAAGGGACGUCUCCGCCCCGGAAAGAUGUUGCUCGUCGACACCCAAGAAGGCCGCGUGGUCGAUGACACGGAGUUGAAGAUGCGCAUCGCUACACAGAAGCCUUAUGCGAAGUGGAUCAAGGAGAACAUGAUCUCGAUGACGGAUGUCUGCAUGUUCUACCAGCACCACGCUUCGCACCACUCUCAACCUGGGCAAUGGUUCCUCGACGAGACUUCCGUUUCCCACGACAAGCGGAUGCUCGCUUUCGGCUUCACUAUUGAGCAGCUCAACAUGCUCAUGCUCCCCAUGGUCGCCGAUGGAAAGGAAGCGCUUGGUUCUAUGGGUUACGAUACCCCAUUGGCUUGCAUGUCCCGACAGCCAAAGCUUCCGUACGAGUACUUCCGUCAACUCUUCGCGCAGGUUACAAACCCUCCGAUCGACCCUAUCCGUGAAGACAUUGUCAUGUCUCUCUCAUGCUACAUCGGCCCCCAGGGUAACAUUCUCGAAGUCGAGGAAGGUCAAGCUCACCGGCUUCACCUUCCGUCGCCCAUGCUUUCCAUCGAUGAGCUGGCGGCUAUUAAGGCUUUGCCGCAGUUCCGUGCGGACUGGUCCGUGGCGGAAAUCGAUAUCACGUUCAUGCGCGCGGAAGGAGCCGCCGGUUACCUUUCCGCGCUUGACCGUGUCUGCUCCGAAGUCUCGCAAGCUAUCCACGACGGCCUCAAGAUCGCCAUCUUGACUGACCGUCAAACCUCGGCGGAUCGCGUACCGUUGUCCGCUCUUGUCGCGCUCGGAGGGGUGCACCACCAUCUUGUUCGCAACCGUCUUCGGUCCAAGAUUGCUCUCAUUGUCGAAACUGGUGAAGCUCGCGAGGUGCACCAUUUCUGUGUGCUGCUCGGUUACGGUGCCGACGCCAUCUGCCCGUACUUGGCCCUCGAGGCGAUGCUGAAGCUCAAGCGCGACAACAUCAUCAAGAACGACAUCACCGACGCAAAGAUCAUCUACAAUUUCAUGAAGGCCAGCAAUGACGGUAUCCGAAAGGUCAUGUCGAAGAUGGGCAUCUCAACUCUCCAGAGUUACAAGGCCGCCCAGAUCUUCGAAGCUCUUGGACUCGAUCCUUCCGUCGUUUCGAAGUGCUUCUCAGGCACCGCAUCUCGUAUCAAGGGUGUAGGAUUCGACAUCCUUGCCCUCGACACACUUGCUCUGCAUGAAGCCGCAUGGCCUUCUCGAGAGACGGUCUCCCUCGACGUCCUUCCCGAGCCCGGAGACUUCCACUGGCGUGAUGGAGGAGAGUCCCACAUCAACGACCCAUCCAGCAUUGCCAACCUUCAAGAUGCUGUCAAACGGAAGAACGAGACGGCGUACGAGACAUACUCUCGCAACGCUUACGAGCAGAUCAAGAACUGCACGCUCCGUGGGCUUUUGGACUUCAGGUUCGAUGUGGCUACGCCCGUCCCCAUUGAGGAAGUAGAGCCAUGGCAAUCCAUUGUCAAGCGAUUCUGUACGGGUGCCAUGUCUUACGGGUCUAUCUCCUACGAAGCCCACUCUGCGCUCGCAGUCGCCAUGAACAAGCUUGGAGGCAAGAGUAACACGGGAGAAGGUGGUGAAGAUCCCGCACGUUCCAAGCCGGGAAUCGAUGGUCAGCUUGCUCGGUCAGCUAUCAAGCAAGUCGCUUCUGGCCGGUUCGGUGUAACCAGUUACUACCUUUCUGACGCCGAAGAGCUACAAAUCAAGCUUGCUCAGGGUGCCAAGCCCGGAGAAGGAGGAGAGCUCCCUGGCCACAAAGUCAGCGAAAGCAUCGCCGCAACCCGUAAAUCCACUCCCGGUGUCGGUCUCAUUUCGCCCCCUCCCCAUCACGACAUCUACUCCAUCGAGGAUCUCAAGCAACUGAUUUACGAUCUCAAGUGCGCCAACCCGCUUUCCCGCGUGUCUGUCAAGCUCGUGUCCGAGGUCGGUGUCGGCGUCAUUGCCGCCGGUGUCGCCAAGGCACGCGCCGAUCACAUCCUGAUUUCGGGACACGACGGUGGAACAGGUGCUUCCAGGUGGACUGGUAUUAAAUACGCAGGAUUGCCCUGGGAGCUUGGGCUCGCGGAGACGCACCAAACGCUGGUGCUCAACGAUCUUCGUGGACGUGUCGUUCUGCAAACCGACGGUCAGAUCAAGACUGGCAGAGAUGUGGCUGUUGCCUGUCUCCUUGGAGCUGAGGAAUGGGGAUUCGCUACAGCUCCUCUCAUUGCUAUGGGUUGUAUCAUGAUGAGGAAAUGUCACUUGAACACUUGUCCCGUCGGUAUCGCCACACAAGACCCGGAGCUCCGCAAGAAGUUCGAGGGUACUCCCGAAGACGUCAUCAACUUCUUCUACUUCGUCGCUGAAGAGUGCCGAAGCAUCAUGGCUCGGCUUGGUUUCCGCACCAUCGAAGAGAUGGUUGGACGCACGGACUACCUUACCAUCAACGAGUCGGCCAAGAACCCCAAGACUCGCAACCUUGAUCUGACUCCCAUCCUCACCCCGGCGUUCCUGCUGCGACCAGGUGCUGCCACGCACAACGUAAAGAAGCAGGACCACAAGCUGGACCUCAGGCUCGACAACGGCUUGAUCGAGAAGGCUAAGAAGGCGUUGGAGCACCGCCGCCCGGUAGAGAUCUUCGAAAAGGUCGUCAAUACUGACCGUGCGCUCGGCACCACACUAUCGUACGAAGUAUCGAAGCAGCACGGCGAGCAAGGGCUCCCCGAUGGUACCAUUCGCAUCAAGCUCGAGGGUUCCGCAGGACAGUCUCUCGGCGCUUUCCUCGCUCCAGGUAUCCAAAUCGACCUCGAGGGAGAUGCCAACGAUUACGUCGGUAAAGGUCUCUCCGGCGGACGCAUUGUCGUAUACCCACCUGCCAACUCCGUCUUCAAGGCUGAGCAGAACAUCGUUGUCGGAAACGUCUGCUUAUACGGUGCCACCGCUGGUACUGCCUUCUUCAGCGGUAUCGCAGCCGAACGAUUCGCUGUGCGCAAUUCUGGUGCCACGGCUGUGGUCGAGGGCGUCGGAGACCACGGUUGCGAGUACAUGACCGGUGGACGCAUUGUCAUUCUCGGCGAAACCGGGCGUAACUUCGCCGCGGGAAUGAGCGGAGGUAUCGCUUACGUCUUGGACGCUACGGACACCUUCGAGCGUAACUGCAACAUGGAGAUGGUCGAUCUCGAUCGGGUUACGGAAGCCGAGGAAUCUUUGUGGCUCAAGUCGCUCAUCGAAGAGCACUCCAUCGCAACCGGCUCUGCUCUCGGGCGCCGCAUCAUCGCCGACUGGCCAAACCAGCAAGCCAAGUUUGUUCGAGUUUUCCCUAGGGACUACCGUGCAGCCCUUGAAAAGAAAAAGGCCGCGGAGCAAGAAGCGGUUGCGAAGAGGCUAGAGCUCGAGACCGAAAAGGGUAUUCACGACUAUGAGCAGCCCCGCCGCAAAGAAGACGCCGAGCAAGUCCAGAUUAUGAAAGCUCUCGAGCCCAAGGUCGCGGACUUGGAAGACAGUAUCAUGGACGAGUCGAUGGCCAAGAAGCGCGUGGAAGUCCUCGAUAAGGUCCGCGGAUUCAUGAAGUACAAGCGCGAAGGCGACCGCUACCGCAACCCCCGCAAGCGUGUCAAGGACUGGAAGGAAAUUAGCGCCCGCUUACCCGAUUCUGCGCUCAAGACGCAAGCCGCUCGUUGCAUGGACUGUGGUGUGCCGUUUUGUCAAUCUGACAACGGAUGCCCCAUCGGUAACAUCAUUCCCAAGUGGAACGAGUUGGUCUUCAAGGACAACUGGCGCGAGGCCUUGGACCGCUUGUUGCUCACCAACAACUUCCCCGAGUUCACCGGUCGUGUCUGCCCCGCUCCUUGCGAAGGUGCUUGCGUGCUCGGUAUCAACGAAUUACCAGUGUCCAUCAAGAGCAUCGAAUGCGCCAUCAUCGAUCGCGGAUUCGCAGAAGGAUGGAUUGUGCCAUCACCUCCCAAGCACCGCACUGGCAAGCGCAUUGCCAUUGUGGGAUCCGGACCCGCUGGACUCGCCGCGGCUGACCAGCUCAAUAAGGCCGGACAUCUCGUAACAGUUUACGAGCGAAACGACCGCGUCGGUGGUUUGUUGAUGUACGGUAUUCCCAACAUGAAGCUCGACAAAGGCGUUGUUCAACGGCGCAUCGAUCUCAUGGAAGCCGAAGGCAUCAAGUUCAUCACAAACGCACAUGUGGGCAAGACCGUCUCGGCGCGGACUCUGCGAGAGGAGAACGACGCCGUGCUCGUCGCCACCGGAGCUACCUGGCCCCGAGACCUCCCUGUGCCAAACAGGAACCUCGACGGCAUACACUUCGCGAUGGAGUUCCUGGAACGCAACACCAAACGCGUCCUUUCCACCGGAGAUGUAAGAUCCACGUCGAACAUCACCGAGGAUGAAUACCUGUCAGCCAAGGGCAAGAAUGUUGUCGUCAUUGGAGGAGGUGAUACCGGAUGUGACUGCAUCGCUACUUCCAUGAGACACGGAGCCACGCAAAUCGUCAACUUCGAACUUCUCCCUCAACCCCCACCGAAGCGUGACUCGAAAUCCAACCCAUGGCCCACCUACCCGCGUGUCUUCAAGAUGGAAUACGGACAUGCGGAGGUAGCUGUUCACCACGGAAACGACCCAAGACGGUACUGCGUCCUGACCAAGGAGUUUGUGUCCGACGGAAAGGGCCGUGUGGCUGGUAUCAACAUCGUCAAGGUCGAAUGGACGAAGGACCCCACGAGCGGCGCGUGGAGGAUGAAGGAAGUUCCCGGCUCCGAAGAGUUCGUCAAGGCCGAUCUCGUCCUCCUCGCAAUGGGAUUCCUCGGCCCCGAGAACGAAGUCAUCAAGCAGUUGGAAUUGGCGCAGGACAAUAAGACUAACAUCAAGACAGGCGCCGGCGUCACUGGCCAACAGCACCAGCCACCAGCGCAACAAGCUCCACAGCCAGCACAAGGUCAGCACCAGAUCUCGUACGCUACCGCAAGCUCCGGCGUGUUUGCUGCUGGAGACUGCCGUCGUGGACAGUCCUUGAUUGUGUGGGCUAUCAACGAAGGACGCCAAUCCGCUCGUGAGAUCGAUGUUUACCUCAUGGGUAACACCCGCCUACCUGUCCCGGGCGGUAUGGUCGAACAAGAAAGGCGAAGGCGAUGGGCCGACCCUACGGCAGAAGCGUUUGGCGAAGCGCUGGCCUGGCCGGCUGAUGGAAGGGGACCUGUGGCGGAUUCCGGUGCGGUGGCAGUGGGUGGAGUAGGAAUGGGCGCGAGGGUUCCUGUCAUCGUCAAGUGAAGAGAAACACUUGCACGUUCAUACACAUAUCAUCGCCUGUAAUUAUUGUUUUCUGUUUCUCCCUUUGUAUCUUUCUCUACUGUUCAUAUCCUCCAUCGUCUUGCAUAUAUCUGCCGUCUUUCAUAGCAAAUAGCACCAUUAUACCCUAUCAUUGUGUGUGCUAUGUGCUUGCUUCGCUCUGUCUCGUCCCAUCUUAUGGCAGAAAUAUGCGUAGUGCACUUGGGACUCCGAAAAAAAACAGGAUGGGGAGUCGGGUGGCUGCGAAACUCAUUUGCGGACAACGUGUCCGAACUACGGUUCCUUCCUGAGGUGUG